AUGACUCGAAGAUUACGCAGUUCCACGAAGUCAGAGCGAGAUGCAGCUUUACUGAAAUCAGAGGUUGAUACCGAAGCUGCUUCUGCAGUCAUCGAGGCAAUGGUUGAACCGGUGAAAAAAAAAGCAAAGAUUAAGAAAGAGAAUUCUGAUGCUGAUGGAGUAGCUGAUUCAAAGGCACCAGAGCCUAUAGAAAUCCCACAAGAUUUCCUGGACAAACAUGUCGAUGAAUUUAAAGUGGGGCUAAAAGAAAUACUUGAAGUUGACCCAACGCUUUCACAAUAUGUGCUGAUUAAGGAGUUUCCCUUGUUUUUGAAAGAUAGACCCAGAGCAGAUGAUCUACACGACAAGUUUACAAGACUCGCCAGUGCAAUCAUCUCACAACAGCUGAGCAACUCAGCUGCUAGAUCUAUAAGAGAGAAAUUUAUUAACCUUUAUGACGGACAUUUCCCAGAUUACAAAGUACUUAAGGUAGACAUAAAGAUACCAUCUAAACAUGAGCAAAUUUUUAAAUGUGGCCUGAGUAGGAAAAAAUGCGAAUAUCUAGAAUCACUGGCCAAUUACUUUGCUGAUAAUGAAGAGUACAUCAGAAACUUAUUUCAAGACAAAGGAAAUGAUCAAAAAAUUAUGGACGAAUUGGUAUCGAAUGUUAAAGGGAUUGGCCCGUGGUCCGCAAAGAUGUUCUUAAUGACUGGCCUUUACCGCAUGGAUGUAUUUGCCCCAGACGAUGUUGGAAUAGCUAGAGGCUGUGCUAAAUAUCUAUCACAACACCCUGAUACAUUGAAAAAGCUCAUGAAAAAUCGAAGGGAAAUAAAGAAGAGUAAAAUUAAACACAAGAAAUUAAAUUGGAAGGUAUACGAUGAAGACAUCGUAGACAGUCUUGCCCUUCUUUUCUCACCCAACAGAACUAUAUUUAGUUUUAUAAUAUGGCGAAUGGCAAGUACUGACAUUGAUGCCAUAAUCAAGACAGAAACCGAUUUUACUAGUUCGAGAGGUGGUGGAUCCGGUCUGUAA